UCUUAGUAUUUUUCUUUUUCCCUUCCUCGCAUUUAUGCUGUUAUUUUCAUAGCGAUUGAAGAAAGGAGAGAAAAAUGUUUGGAUUCAGAAGAGGAGCUGCACCUGCUGAGAAGCCACCUCGGCAGACAUCCAACGACCCUGAUGAUUCAGACGAUGAGGAAUCAUCGUCAGCUCCGAAGAACAUGGGGAGAAGAACUGCCUCUGAACCAAACCUUGACAGCAUGUCUGUCCAAGAACUGGAGGGCUACGCGGUCGAUCAGGCCGAGCAGACCACCAGGUCCGUCAACAACUGCUUGAAGAUCGCAGAGGACAUCAGAGGCGACGCCAGCAGGACUCUCGAGACCCUCCAUGCGCAAGGCGAGCAGAUCCACAGGACUCAUGUCAUGGCUGCUGACAUGGAGAAGGACUUGAGCAAGGGUGAGAAGUUGUUGAAUAGUCUUGGUGGGAUGUUUUCGAUGCCGUGGAAGCCAAAGAAGGGGAAGGCCAUCACAGGCCCUACAACUUCUAAAGAUGAUAAUGAUGUUCCGAAACGCGCCACUAAAGAGCAACGACAGAAGUUAGGUGUGGAUCGCAAAGCCCGGGGCUCUCACACGCCUGAUGGAGAACCAACAAGCGCUCUGCAGAAAGUCGAUAUGGAGAAGGAAAAGCAAGAUGAUGGGCUUUCAGAUCUUAGUGAUAUCUUGGGAGAUUUGAAAGGAAUGGCUGUUGAAAUGGGAUCUGAGCUUGACAAGCAGAACAAGGCCCUUGAUAAUCUUGAUGAGGACAUAGACGAGCUCAACUCACGAGUAAAAGGCGCAAACACACGAGCUCGUAAAUUGCUCAACAAGUAGAGAUUGCUGCCUGAAAUGUUGCUACUCCCUAGAACAACUUGUGUCUUUGUUUGACAGUGUAUGUAUUGUGUUG